AAGAGAUGAAGAAGAAACGCGAGGAGAAGGAGCAGAAAGAGUUGGAAAAGAGGCUGCAGAAAGAAAAGAAACAAGCCGAGAGUGUAAAGAAGUUGGCAGAAAAGGAAGAGAGAAAACGAAAGAGACAGGAGCUUGCGGAGGCAAGGAAGAAACAACGCAUAGAAGGGAAAGAAAACCAGCGCCCUACUAGGCCACGAGACGUAAGAGAAGGUUCCAGUCGUAGCCGUCCCGUGAAGCCGCCGUCGUGGUAUGCAGAAUACGAAAUGGGCCAGGAAGAAGAUGAAGAAGCAGAGUAAAAAAGAUUCUAGUGUACCCUUAAAUCCACACGAUUGAUAGCGUUCCUCUUACGCCUA